ACUAUCCAUCUUGAAAUGGGUAUGAAAAUUGUCUUGUAUGUUUCUUGCGUGCAAAUUAUUUUUACUAUUUUGCAGGCACUUAUUGAAAAAGAAUGGCUGGGAUUUGGUCACAAAUUUACUGAACGAUGUGGUCUCGUCCAAGGAGAUCCAAAGGAAGUUGCUCCAGUUUUUACGCAGUUUAUAGACGCUGUUUGGCAGCUGACACAGCAGUUUCCAUCUUCAUUCCAGUUCAAUGAAAGGUUUUUGCUCACUAUCCAUGAUCAUGUUUAUUCUUGUCAGUUUGGAACUUUUAUUGGCAAUUGUGAGAAAGAUAGAGUAGAUCUAAGGCUUAGUGAGCGUACUUAUUCUUUGUGGGGUUACUUGAUGAACCAUCUAUCGGAAUUCCUAAAUCCAUUGUACAGAAGAGAUUUAGAUGAUGUUCUACAUCCUAGUCCUGCUCCACAGACUAUGAAGUUUUGGAGAGGUAUGUACAAUCGUUUUGAAAAUGGAGUUCAUCCUCGAGAACCAUUAGGAGAUAUGCUUGUUGCUGCAAAAGAUCAUAUAUCUAGUUUAGAAGAUCAUGUUGUAUUACUCCAAAAGCGUAUAAAUCAAUUAAAAACAGCGCUUGGCCAUGCAGAGACUCCAAGCAAAGACAUAGAUUGUUCUAUGGUUGAUAGUGGACUUGCUGAUGAUUUUGCUCAAAAGCUGCAACUAGAAAAAACAUCUCAUGAUAUGGGUGAUGCUGCAGAUUCAGGAUUUGAAAAUGGUAGUCUUAAAAAUGGAAAUGUUGAUGGCAACAGACAGAUUCCAUAACAAAAGAAGUCUGCU